AUGCCCAGUGUAUUUGAUUCCGAGCUCUUUGACUCCAGAUAUUCAGUGUACCGUUGUGAUCGCGAUUAUGAAUCUCGAAAUGAAAAACUGGGAGGUGGUGUACUGAUUGCUGUGCGAAAGGGAUUGACUGUUAAGGAUGUUGUUGUCCAACCGUCUACUAAAACUUGUUCAUCGGAUGUAAUUUCCAUUUGUAUUGGCGUUAAAUCUAAUAAUAAGCCUACAGACUUUCGAGUAUAUUGCUGCUACUUCCCCCAGUGCUUGUUACAACGCGAUGACCAAUUUAAGUUUUACGAACAGGUGUCUGAAUCAAUCAUUUUGCACCCUAAAGAUCUUUAUCUUUUGGUCGGUGAUUUUAAUAUUUCAACCGCUAAUUGGUCUGUUGAUGAUACAGGCGCUACUAAACUAUCUCAUUUACAACAAGGUUCACAUGUUCAGGUAAACUCGCUAUCGACUUUUUUGCACAUAAAUAAUCUUAACCAAUUUAACAUAGUUCCUAAUUCUAAUAAUCGAUAUCUGGAUUUGGUAAUAAGUAAUGCUAACAGUGUUUUAGUGAAACAGUGUGAGUUUCCACUAGUUAAAGAAGAUUCACAUCACCCGGCUCUGGAUAUUGAUUUUACUUAUUUAAGGUCUAACUAUCUUACGGGUGUUCCGAGGGUUGUUAAGCUUUUUAACAAAGCUGACUACAGUAUUAUUAAUAAAGAGUUGUCUGAGGUUAAUUGGCUGGAAUGUUUGAAUUGCUUGGAUAUGGAAAGUGCUGUUGAAGUUUUUUAUAAUAUUAUCAAUAAAGUUAUUGAUACGUUUGUUCCUACUAAGGUUGUACUUGAGCAUAGAAAAUAUCCUAUCUGGUAUUCUUCUUCUCUCGUCAAGGUUAUAAAGGAAAAGUUAAAGUUUCAUAAAAAAUGGAAAAUUUACGGUAACUAUAGGGACUAUUGUACGUUUAGGAUGCUGCGUAAGAGACAAAAAACGGUUGAAAACGAUUGCUAUAAGAAAUACAUAGAUCAUGCUGAGAAUACCAUUGCUAAAAAUUCUAAAUAUUUUUGGACAUUUGUAAAAUCUAAACGCCAGAAUACUGAAUUGCCUGAUAUGUUUUAUCUGGAUAAUUUUUUUACAAGUGAUGGACAAGAGAUUACUAAUCUCUUUAACAGCUAUUUUUAUUCAUCCUUUGAGUCAAAUUCCGGUAUUUCUUCGUCUAAUAGUAACGACUACGAUAUUCAUACUUGCAACAACAGUUUAAACCUGUUUUCUGUUGAUAUUUCUUUGUCGAUGGUGGACAAAUAUUUAAAAUCUUUAAGUCUAAAUAAAGGCAGUGGCCCUGAUGGGAUACCUGCUAUAUUUUUGAAGAGCUGUUCUGACAGCUUAAGGUUUCCCAUAUAUUGCCUUUUUUCUAAAUCUUUGCGAACAUCUGUAAUGCCUUCUCAAUGGAAAAGAUCUUAUGUCAUACCAAUCCUUAAAAGCGGUGAUAAACAUAACAUAAAAAAUUACCGCCCUAUUUCAAAGUUAAGCUGCAUUCCGAAGAUGUUUGAAAAGAUUAUAUACGACAUUAUACUACCUAUAAUAAGACCUACGAUCAUUACCCAGCAGCAUGGAUUUAUUAAUAGAAAAUCAACGGAGACAAAUCUUUUGGAAUACGUUGAUUUUAUUUCAUGUGCAAUGGACAAAGGUUUUCAGGUUGACGCCGUGUACACAGAUUUUUCUAAGGCUUUCGAUAAAAUAUCUCAUUCGAUUCUUCUUGAUAAAUUGAAAUACAUCGGUGUGCACGGUGACCUUCUGCGUUGGAUUGAGUCGUACCUUGCUAACCGUAGUCAAGCAGUUACUAUAAAAGGAUUUACUUCAUCUUUUAUUCCAGUGCCAUCCGGGACAGAUUUAACUCCUAAGGAUAAAAUAGUUUUAAAAAAUAGACGACUCCGUCCAUAUCCAUUCGUAGAAGUUGGUCCAGGCUCAUUUAAAGCUGAACACAAAAAACUCUCUCCAGAUUACUUAGUAAAUCAAUUCAAAAAGUUGCUGGCUAUUAAGAAGAAAAUGGAAGAAGAUAAGGAUUAA